UUUCCCAUGAAAUCUUACUUUCCAAGAAAUACUGGCAUUUCUUAGUUAUCAGCACCCAUUCCACCAAAUUCAGUGACAACACGUACUAAACUCAUAAUGUCCAAAACUACUCCUAUAAUCCAAUCUGUUAAACCCUAAAAGAACUUAAAACCCCUACAACCUCUAAUUCCUACAAAAGCUAGGUAGUAAUCCUUGAUUUAUCAAACAUUUUCACUGCUAUCUGUAAUUAAUGGCUUCCGUGGGACUUCGUCUUCGUCCUAACCUGAUUAACCCCAGAAAACUCUUCAGAAGUUUCUCUUCAAUACACAGUUCUGCAACUAGGGGUUCUUCAGCAUUUCCUCAUACCCAAAAGCCGUCGGUUUUAUUUCAUUCCAAAAUCUUUCGUUCUUCUUCUGCACUGUUCCCUCAUGUUAUACAAUCCCAUCAAACGGUGCGGUGCAAGACAACGUCGGGGUCAGGGUAUUCCCCGUUGAAUGAUCCGUCCCCAAACUGGAGCAACAGGCCGCCCAGGGAGACGAUUCUUCUGGAUGGAUGCGAUUAUGAGCACUGGCUUAUUGUCAUGGAGUUCCCUAAGGACCCCAAGCCCUCGGAGGAUGAGAUGGUGGCCAACUAUGUGAAGACCCUUGCAGCUGUUGUUGGCAGUGAAGAGGAGGCCAAAAAGAAGAUUUAUUCUGUAUCUACAUAUACUUAUACAGGUUUUGGAGCCCUGAUCUCCGAGGAACUCUCCUUCAAAGUGAAAGGUCUGCCUGGAGUACUUUGGGUAUUGCCUGAUUCAUAUAUUGAUGUCCCCAAAAAGGAUUAUGGAGGUGACCUAUUUAUCGAUGGAAAAGUGGUACCUAGACCAGAAUACAGAUACCCUGAGAGGCCACAGGGUAGGAAUGACCGUCCAAGGCCACGUUAUGAUAGACGCAGGGAUUCCACACAGGUUGAACGUAGACAGCCAACACCAUUGCAGCGCAGAGAUCCAAUACCAACGGACCGCAGGGAUACUGCACAAGGAUGCAGUAUGGGCACAAUACAAACAGAAAGAAAAGAGCCUUCACAAGCUGGAGGAGGCCGGUAAUUAUUCUGAAAUCACAAGGUCAACAGUUCAGUAGGAAUUUUCAACUGCCUGGUUGCUGCCCCUGACAUUGUGGAUGCCUUAGGGUGAUUCCAGUCUUACCUUUGGAUGGAAUUAUGCAUGUUUUCUUUGUAGGAUCUUGGCAUCUGAUGGUAGCCUUAAAGCGAGGUUGUAGGUAGAACUCUGCUUAACCAUUAUAGAUAACAUUGUUCAUACGAGUUUCAGAGUGGCGAGAAUUUGUCUGAUCAACUAUUUGCAUGGAAAGGGUCAUUGUAAGCUCAUUUCAUCUCUAAUGAUGAAUGGAUGCAAGCACAUCUGUAUGUAAUGACUGUAUGCUCACCUGCAGGAAAAUAUGAUCCAAUUUUAGCAA